CAGUUUUUUGCAGUGUAACCCAGUGACGUCAUCGUCGCCAUGACCCGGAAGUUCUGCUGCUAUUUCUUGACACGUAGUUAGCGGUGUUGGCGGAGUCUUGGGCGAUUAACGGUGCUGCUUGCAAUGUCAGGGUUUGAUAACUUCAACACAGACUUUUACCAGUCUAGUUACAGUGUAGAUGAUCAGAACCAAGGAGGAUAUGGCUACACCAACACAGAUGACCCAUACAACAAACCAUAUGGACAGUAUGAUUACUCACAGCCGAUGGGCUACUCAGCACCUCCGGGGAUGAUGCAACCCCAGCAACCUUACACGGGACAGAUCUACCAGCCCACGCCAGCCUUUACACCAGCUUCCUCGCAGUCCAUGUACAGUAGCAGCUUUGAGGAUGAGCCCCCUUUGCUGGAGGAGCUGGGGAUCAACUUUGACCACAUCUGGCAGAAAACUCUGACUGUGCUUCACCCGCUGAAGGCAGCAGAUGGCAGUAUAAUGAAUGAAACAGACCUGGCUGGUCCCAUGGUGUUUUGUUUGGCCUUUGGGGCGACGCUACUCUUGACGGGUAAGAUCCAGUUUGGUUACGUGUACGGUAUCAGUGCCAUCGGGUGCCUCGGCAUGUACUGCCUGCUCAACCUCAUGAGCAUGACGGGGGUGUCGUUCGGCUGUGUGGCUAGUGUUCUUGGUUAUUGCCUGCUACCCAUGAUCAUCCUGUCCAGUUUCGGGGUCCUCUUUUCCUUACAGGGCAUGUUGGGUAUCAUUUUAACAGCUGCCAUCAUUGGUUGGUGCAGUUUUUCGGCCUCAAAGAUCUUCAUUUCUGCUUUGGCCAUGGAUGGGCAGCAGCUGCUGGUGGCUUAUCCCUGCGCCCUGCUGUAUGGAGUCUUUGCCCUUAUCUCUGUUUUCUGAACUCUCAAGCUCUUUUAAUGGACAAAAUGACCACCACAACGCAACACACACUUCUCAACCUUUAAUUUAAGGACUGCUUUUGUAACACCCACCACACCACACACCCUCUCGCCGAGUGUUUCCAGUGUUCAUCAUGUUCUGAGAGAAUGUGGCAUUAAUUUCUCCUGCAGUUUCUUUUUACCUGCCCACCUGCUCUGAGAAAUGUUCUUGCUUACAUAAUGCAGGUUAAAACUCGGUUCUUGUUUUAAUGCUUUAAUGUGUUCAUCUCUUUAUAUUGUUUUUUUUCCAAAAUAGUCAUCUUUAACAGAGCCACAAAAUGAAGUGCGUUUAUCGAAGAGAAGAAUGUGUAAUCAAUGCAAAGGGCACACCUCUCCUCCUACACGACAUCUUUAAUGCUUCUGUGUUUCAGGCGAGCAUCUCACUCCAGAACAUUCUUUGCAAAGUACACUAGUAAUUGUUCUUUCUUGGAACUGUUUUUCUGUACAUUCCUGAAUUGCUGUUGAUUUGUUCAGUCUGUGUUCAUUCAUACACUUGGGUCAGUAAGAGUGCCUACAUCUUCACACAUUUUCACACUUUUUCCGUCAUGUACUAGGCUAAUUAAAUAAAACGAAACAAAAAUCACCCUUUUGUGCAUCUUUUGCAAGCCAAUUUAAGUGAAUAUUUUAGCCAAGAUGAAAAAUGCUUUCAUUAUUUUUGUCAAUCUCAUUUGGUUCCAAACUGUGUGCCUUGCUGUUACAUCUAAUUUAAAAAAAAAAAAAAAAAAAGCAUGUAAAAGCUGUAAAAGUUAUCUUUGUGGUGCAUAGAAGAAAGCAAGACAAACAGAUUUGGAUUGACAUGAGAAUGAAUAAUUGAUGACAAUCUUCAAAGAUUUUCUGAAAUUUCCAUCUUUAAGACUUGCAGACUCCUGCAAUUUUGUGAGUUGAUUUGUUUUCCAAAUGCAUUUCACCCACUAGCAGAAUCUCAUGUCUGCAGAUCGGUCUUCUGUAUAGUAAACCCUGGUGGCUGAAUUUUAUUUCCAUUUCCUAAUUAUUAUUUGCUUUCACACAUUUGUCUUUUGAAAUACAUGGGGCAGAGCCAAGGUUAAGCUUCAUUCUUAAAGCUCAACGAGUCACGUUUACCAAACAAAUCUUUCUGACCUGUGGACUGUAUGUAUGUGCUUUUUGUUCAUUUUAAGGAGCCAUGACUGUCCUCUCAGAUAGAUGGGCAUAUUUAUACAAGGUAACUUUGUUUUGUAUAUCCAGAAGAGUACAAAUGUUUAUAUCAAUUCUGUCUUGUGGAAAAUCUGUGACCAACUGGUAGGGUGUUACACUUGUGCUGUUUCACAGGCCGUUUUAAUUAAAUAAAAAUGCAACUUUUGUUUGAA